UUUGUUUGUUUGUUUUUUUUUAACCUCUGCCCCGCUGCUUCCUUGGCCUUGGGCAUCGAGGUGCGCCAGCUUGAGGACGAAGUCAUCCAUCAUGAUUCCAUCAUGAUUUGAGGAUCCUGAUCACACCUGAGAAAAUGGUCAUGCUCCCCGACCCCCAGUAGUAGUUAGUGCCUGGUCCCGGCGUAGGCAAACAUUUUUUUGCCCAAGACUGUUAUAGAACAGGGAGAGGGGCAGCCCAAACCACGCAAACCUGCCUAUUCUAAAUGGGUUCUGCCAUCCGCUGCAUCAACACAAAACAUAGGAGACUUUAAUGGGAAGGAACUUUAAUAAAACUAGGAAACAAUACAGGUAAGGCAAAGAAUCUAGUUUCUAAAUGAAGCACCCAAAGUUACCCGUCCCCUCGCGGGUAAAAGUCCAUCCAAAUGGGAUCGGCCCAGAGCAAGGCCCCAAAGCCUGCCACAAGUCUAAAGCACCUUCCAGUGGGGACCCACAGAAAAGGGUCAGAAACAACCAGACAAGCCCGGAAGAAAAAGAGCAAAAUCAACAUCAAGAUAAAAGCUGCCACGGUCACCUCCCCACGGGUCUCACCCACAUCUGUGUCACCCAGUCCACGACCAAAAGACAAGCGCAGUUUCUUCACGUGUCUCCUGGCUCCAUCCUGCUUCCUUCCUUCCUCCGUCUCUUCUGCAGCUUCUCCUCUUCCUGCUCAGCUCCACCCUCCCUUGGGUGGGGCAGGGAACCUGGAACUUCCCCCUUUCCUGGGGACCACCCUGUUACAAGACCAGAUAGUAGAUAUUGAGACUUCCCAGGCCCGGUGUCACAAUUAUUCAGUUGUGCUGUGGCCUCGACGCCUGUGGACGGAGGGACGGGACAGCACAGGAAUGGGGGUCGGCCCGCGCUGCCGCCACUCCUUGGUCAGUUUUCUUUUUCAGCUCAAAAACAGCCUCUUUUUUUUUUUUUUUCAGAAGGUGAAUGUUUAAGUUUUUUCCUGCCUUCAAGUUUUUGCAUCUUUCUCUGUGUUUUGCUUUGUGUGAGGUGUUUUAUAAAGAAUUCCUGUCAUUGUCAGCACAAGGGCUGGAUGGGAACCCAACAGCUUUGCUGAGGCAGUUUUGUUUGAAGAUCUCUCCUGCCAUGGGGUGUAGUUUUGAUGCUCUGUUGGGAUCACAAGCAGCUGGGGCUCAUUUUCUGUCAAAAAAAACAAAAAAAAACAAAAAAACACAAAACACUUCUGCCACUUGGAAGCAAAAGCUGCCUCUGCUUUCCGUUCACAUUGCAGAACAUGCCUGCUGCUUGACCACACAGCCCUGGGUCACUGCGUGCACGGGGCUUAAGAGCUCACCGCCGCCCCCUCAGGCUUCUGUGUGAAGGAGGCUCACUGUUGUUAGUGCCGCAUUUUUAAUGUUUUGCAAGCAGAGGACUCUGCCCACUUGCUCCUGUUCUGAGCUGCUAGUGCUAGUGCAGUUCUAGGUUUUGCCACCUAGGUGGAGAUUCACUUGGGGGAGGUAGGAGAGGUUGCACUCUGUUGUAAGCAGUCUCUGUGAUCUUAGUCGUGUGUGUGUUUGUGUGUGUGUGUGUUUUGAGAAAAAGAAAAUUGAACUCAGGAUCUUUAUAUACUGUUGAGUUGAACAGUUGUGUGUGGUUUUAUUUUAAAUUUGCAGUACCUUUAUUUGCGCAGAUCUGCCGUCAGUGUGUAGUUAAGAUCGCUAAAAGUAAUGACAGAAAAAAAAAAAUAAAAAAAAAAUAAAAGUAAGGACGGAAGACUUUAACUGUGAUUCAACUUCCAAUACACGGCUAUCUUAUCAUCUUAGUUUAUAGUUUCCUUUGAAUUAACCCAUGGUUUCGAAAUUAACUGGCAUAAAAUUGCUCAGUCGCAACCAGUUUAUAGAUUGGGAAAGACUAGAAAGUCUAGUGACCUUAUUCUCAUGCUUUUUGAUUUUGUAAUCAGUUGUGAACUUCCUGUUUAAUCUCAUUAUGCUGUUUGGUUUUAAAAUCAACAACUUAAAUCCAUAAAUGGGGUACGAUGUAGCAUUUGAAAGGAACGUGCUAGAUCCGUGUGUAGACAUGUAGAGAGCACAAGUCAGUGCUGAAAAAACAAGUCACUGCACAAGACAAAGAACCUACCUACUUAUGUCCUGAAAAAUAAGACCUGUUUGUGUGCAUAAAGACAGGCAUGUAAAUACAGAGAAGAAUGGCUAGGACAGUACGCAAAUUUAAUGAGAUUUUUCCUGGUUAAAAAAAAUUGGAUGUCCCCAAAGGACAACUAAAACCUCAGGACUGUCUGCAGGUCUAGAUGCCGCAGCGGCGUGUGUGAAGAAAAUUACCGAAGAAAUGGAUGGCUUUCUACAGAAACUGAGGCAGAAGAUCAAAAUCGGAGUCGUGGGCGGGUCAGACUUGGAAAAAGUGCAGGAGCAACUGGGACAUGACGUGGUUGAAAAAUAUGAUUAUGUGUUUCCAGAAAAUGGCUUGGUAGCAUACAAAGAUGGCCAGUUCUUGUCUAAACAGAAUAUCCAAGGACACCUGGGUGAGGCCCUGAUCCAGGAUUUAAUCAACUACUGCCUGAGCUACAUUGCGAAAAUUAAACUGCCGAAGAAGAGGGGUACCUUCAUUGAAUUCCGAAAUGGAAUGUUAAAUGUGUCCCCAAUUGGAAGAAACUGCAGCCAAGAAGAACGAAUUGAGUUCCACGAACUCGAUCAGAAAGAAAACAUAAGGCAGAAAUUCGUGGCAGAUCUGCGAGAAGAGUUCGCAGGGAAAGGCGUCACCUUCUCCAUAGGAGGCCAGAUCAGCAUCGAUGUCUUUCCUGACGGAUGGGACAAGAGAUACUGCCUGGGCCACGUGGCCAGCGACGGCUACGAGACCAUUUAUUUCUUUGGCGACAAAACUAUGCCAGGCGGGAACGACCACGAGAUCUUCACAGACCCCCGGACCGUGGGCUACACCGUGACAGCGCCCGAGCACACGCGCAAGCUCUGCGAGGAGCUCUUCCUCUAGGGGCCUGCCCCGACCCCCCCCCUCCCCAGACACUCCAGGCCAGCGCGGAAGGGGGACAAAAGCCUUGUCGAGCCUGCUGGGGGGUCCCUUCCAAGAUUUCACCCGACCCGGAGUCGCAGACGCCUGUGUGCAGUCACCGCUGCACACUUUGCCAUCGAUCAGGAGCCACGCAGAGCAGGCGCGUGCCAGGACCUGUCCCCGCGGGUCUCGUGAUAAACACUACAGGCCUCGGCCCGCGGGGAAAGGGGCUGGGUGGUGAGGACGCCAGCCUGGUCCCAGCCCUCGGCCCAGGACCCCGCCUUAGGGCGCUUCUGAGACGAAGCUGCCCCGAGUCAGCGGGGUCACCAAGCCCCGCGGGCUGACCCCGAAACGCAGACCUGGCACUGACCUCUAAGGGUCAGCACCCCACUGGCCCGGAGGGCAGGCCAAGAUGGGGGCCAGAGAAGCAACCACCCGGGUGCCAGCUCUGGGCCAGGUUUGGAGCCUAAGGGGAUGGCAGCCUAAACCAAAAGGCCCUCCCGUGGCACCCCGCAGCACACGCCACCUCUAGCUUCUCAGGGACCGAGUCAGUUCCUGGCCUGUUAGCGAACGGCUGCACUCGGGCCUCCCCCCAGACUUUAUAAAAAAGCGUAUCCUCAAGCACCCGGGCUUUGACCAGGGAGGAGCGCUGGGGUUGGGCCUGAAACUCUCCUUCCUCCCUCCCACGCCCACAAGAUCUCUCUGAAGCAGGCAGCGCCAGGCCGAGUCCACAGGGGAAGCAGCUGUCCAAGAAAACGGUUCACGGGCCACUUUUCAGAAUCUGGAAACUUCAGGACCCACAGGCCUCCACAGACAGGUGCUGGGACAGCCUCUGCCCACAGCAGGGCCAGUGGACGCCCGAAGCCAGGCCAACCUGCCCUGUUAAAGUGAAUACUGUGAUAGCCUUCAACAUGAAAAGUAGCAAAUUAAAGUUACUGUUUCCGAUUCCUGAAGAGGCUUCCUCUGCAGUGGCGCUGACUAGUUCACUUUCACGCCGCGGGUUCUGCCAGGAGAACCAGCCCUUGCAGGUUAGAGGCUCUGGCGCCUCCCUGAGCUGGGGUGUUGCACCCCCAGCCCUCCCUCCACACCUGUGCCCACUGGGCGAGGGUCCUCCAUUCCCUACACAUGAACUUUGUCCUACACAUGAAGCAAGACGGCCGGUCUCACCCGACGUCCCUGAUCCUUUAUAUCAUGU